AAAGAGAAGCAGUUCGUUCAUCUUCUCGUUUGUUUUUAUUUUUAUUUUUUCUUGGAAAUCCAAGGCAUCUUCAUCUCCCUCGUUUUUCUGCCAUAAUUUUGAGGAACAAAAAAGAAGAACAGCAGAAGAUGAGUGGGUUGAAGCCAAUGGACGCUGAGCAACUCAGAGAGAAUGCCCACAAAAUGGUAGAUUUCAUUGCUGAUUACUACAAAACCAUUGAGGAUUUCCCUGUCCUCAGCCAAGUUCAGCCUGGAUAUCUUCGUGAUCUUUUACCGGAUUCUGCGCCUACCUAUCCCGAGUCUUUGCAACAAGUUUUCGAUGACAUUCAGGCUAAGAUUUUACCAGGGGUAACGCAUUGGCAGAGCCCAAAUUUUUUCGGAUACUACCCUUCAAACAGCAGUGUUGCCGGAUUCCUAGGCGAGAUGCUAAGUGCAGGCCUUAACAUUGUGGGGUUUAGUUGGAUAACUUCUCCAGCAGCAACUGAACUUGAAAUGAUCGUCUUGGAUUGGUUUGCUAAAAUGCUUAAACUUCCUGAAGAAUUUCUUUCAGCAGGACAAGGCGGUGGAGUGAUACAAGGCACAGCUAGUGAAGCAAUUCUGGUUGUACUAUUGGCUGCUCGUGAUAGGAUUUUGAGGGCGGAAGGAAAAGAAGCCCUUGAGAAGCUUGUUGUGUAUGCAUCUGAUCAAACACAUUCAGCUUUGCAAAAGGCUUGUCAGAUAGGGGGAAUCCAUCCUGAGAAUUGCAGGAUGCUGAGUACCGAUUCCUCUACUAACUAUGCCCUUUCUCCCAAUGUACUUAAUGAGGCGAUUUCAAAUGACAUCGCAGAUGGUUUAGUUCCAUUUUUCUUAUGUGCAACAGUUGGUACUACUUCAUCAACGGCUGUUGAUCCUUUGCUAGAACUGGGAAAGAUUACUAAGAGCAAUGGAAUGUGGUUCCAUGUGGAUGCUGCAUACGCUGGUAGCGCUUGUAUAUGUCCAGAAUACCGAAACCACAUUGAUGGUGUUGAAGAAGCCGACUCAUUUAACAUGAAUGCACAUAAAUGGUUUCUUACGAACUUUGAUUGUUCGUUGCUCUGGAUCAAGGAUAGAAACGCUUUGGUCCAGGCGCUGUCUACAAAUCCUGAGUUCCUUAAAAACAAGGCCUCUGAAGCAAACCUGGUUGUGGAUUACAAAGAUUGGCAAAUUCCACUUGGACGUCGGUUUAGAUCACUAAAACUAUGGAUGGUGCUAAGACUUUAUGGUCUGGAGAAUCUACAAUCCUACAUAAGAAACCAUAUCGAUUUGGCUAAAUGCUUCGAAGAUCUUGUUGCUCAAGACUCCAGGUUUGAGAUUGUUACUCCCCGAAUAUUUUCGUUGGUUUGUUUCCGUCUUCUACCCCCUCACAACGAUGAAACUUAUGCGACGAAACUGAACCAUGACCUACUAGAUACUGUAAACUCGACUGGAAAAAUUUUCGUUUCUCACACGGUCUUGUCAGGAAAGUACGUAUUACGUUUUGCAGUAGGAGCUCCAUUGACUGAGGAGAGGCAUGUGCUUGCAGCAUGGAGGCUUUUGCAGGAGGAGGCUUCUGCCCUCCUUGCACCUCUUUAGUUUUUAGGAUAUGAUUUAUUUCUGUCUAACCCUAAACUAUAUUAUGCAAAUGUGGGUUAUGGUAGUUGGUCAAAGCAGUGUGACGGUCUCUUAGAAUAAAUUAAAGUAGUUUAAAAAAACUAUAUAAUAAAUAAAAAAGUGCGCAAAGCUCUUAUUUAUACAAAUA